GAUUGAUUAAUCAAUGUCCUUCGCACUAGUUGAAGAGGUUGAAAAGUUCAAGCACAGAACAUUCAAGUUACAAGUACAUAUGACAACAUGCAUCCGUUGACAGUUCUUCCUGGCGCACAGGAUGAUACAUAACCUACUUGACUGCGAUCGACGCUGUGCACUAAAAUGAGUUCCUAGGAUCCCCAUGUUCUCAUCAAUCCAAGUUGUAUAAGGACGACGUCUAUACGUCCUUUCUACCACUCUUGACAAACGUUGACAUCGCUUAGUCCUCCCUUUCUUCGAUGGGCGUAAUCUCCGAAUCCGGGCUCGCAUAUAUCAUCUAUCUUGAGACGAUCAUCGCAAAUUACUCUCAUGUUGCUGUGGCAGCGUUGUUCGUGUACGACAUGCUUCUUACGUUCUCACAGGAAGUGAGCCAUAUCUGGGCUCGCCGUUUCACUGGGAUGACUGUGCUGUUCGCUGUCAAUCGGUCCUCUGCCUUGGCACAGAAAAUUUUGAUCAUAAUGCAGAUGACCCCGCUGAAUGGAAUGUCAACGAAGAGGUCAGCGAAGCACACGUCUAGCAAGGGAAAAAAACUUGACGUGCUCAGUUAUCUCGUUAUUGCGUUUUUCUUCGCCCUUCGAGUGUACGCAAUCACUGGCCGUGACUGGCGACCUUCCCUUAUUGUCUGUUUCCUCGGCCUUGGGCUGCCUGGUGCUGUGACUUACCAAGAGGUCGUCACCACCUAUUGGGUGUCAACGUCGCCUUCACCAGUGAACGGCGGAUGUCAAAGCAAUACUGCCUUCAGUCUUCGUACCUAUCUCUUGUACGUUAGUUCUCCUUUCGUAACGGUUUCAUUACUCACAGAUGGACAUAGACUGGCUACCAUUACACGAUGUGCAGCAGUGGCUGCGGACCUUAUCACUCUGGCAAUCACCCUGAGGAAGACCCUCAAUCUUCGGAAGGUAGGUUCGGAUGCAGGCGUUGGUACACGACUGGUUUCGCUCUUGCUUCGAGAUGGAACCCUGUACUUCGCCACUAUCUUAUUACUCAAUACCUUGGAUAUCAUCCUGCUUCAUACUACCGGGUUCGGUGCCGUUGCAGAUGUGAUAACGACACUCAGCAUUAUAUUGAUCUCUCGGUCCAUGCUCAACUUACGAGAGAUCUACCCUGAAGACGGGCACACUUCAGCUGCGCAAUUCUCUACUAUACGAUUUGCGUCAUCGGUGAUUGGCACUCUUGGUGCUCCCCUUGAGCAUAACGAAGGAAAUUUGUAGUCAAUCAUGACCAUAGUGUGCGAUGAAAGAUCGGAAGAUAUAGAUCUCGUUCGUCUCCCUAAUGCGAGGAAUUCCUAUCCCCCAACCCUGGUCGAU